AUGGCCCAACAGUCAGUAUUGUCUGGCUCAAGCUCCCUGGUCUACGAACCUGAGCUUGGCGACCACAAACAACCCAACAUCCUGCCGCUUGUUUCCGACCUGCGGUCUAUGAAAUCCCCCCUGUCUUCCCUCGACCGAGUCGCUUCCAGCGGGCUGGAAAAUCUCAAGGUGCCCCCAGCUUUGCAGAGGAAUGAUUCUCGUGAUACCGAUAUAUUCCAGAUUUUCCCCAUGGACGUUGACAACAACCCCUCCUCAGUCACGACAUACAAUGCAAAGGACAUAGGGAUUGAGCCUGAAAUUCAACGUAGCUCAUCAAUCUCAAUCCCCGGGUCUACAAAGGAGAAUGAACUAUGCGAUCUCGAAAGCCGAUCAUCUCCGACCAAAUUGACUUUGAACGAGCCCACCGUGAGCGCGAUACAUGGCGUCCUUAUUGAACCGAGUCGUACAGAAAGUCUCAAUCGCGAGCUCUCUCAGAAGCCCCCCAAGCCACCAAAGCCGGCUUUCCUCUCUGAGUUCGAAAUUCCUACUUUCACUGUAUCCGAACAUGUUCGCUCAUCUGUGGCUGAUCCCGGAACGACGCGCCAGAGAAGAAAGUCCUUUGGAACAGAUCCUCAGAUGCUAGCACCGCGGCAGGGGCUCCUUUGCGUCUUUUCAACCUAUCGAUGGGACGAUAUCAGGGACAUGAGUCAAUCACGCGCAUAA